AUGACGAGUCUGGUGGCGUCUUUCAAGGCAAUCGCUCUGGAUGAUUCGCGCUGCCAGUCACUACUUGCAGUAUUCUUUGCUUUGGCUAAGCGUGAAAAUGGGUCAGUCUGUAUUUCUCGGCUGCACGGGUUGCGAGAACAGCUGUUAAAGCUUCAAGAAGAUGACGAAAACACUCCAUUGGAUGUGAAGAACCUUUCUCACAAACUUUACCAUCUUCUCUACUCUACUGAACAUCACUUAAAAAGGUCAAAUACCAAGACUUCUCGAUUUAAAGGUCAUCGCAAAUCUCAUACAGUUGUUGUUCAGUUAUCGGAAAAUAUUGGCAUGUCCGAUCUAAAGGUGAUAGAAUCGCAUCUACUCACCAUUAAAGGAAUCAUUAGCAUAACUUUCCAGCUGAAUAAGUUUCGUGUCGUCGUGAUGGCUGUGGAUGCUGUUGAGCCGGAGCAAAUUCUCGACAAAGUCACCGUUGCCUGUCAAAAAUUAGUCUUAGAAAAUGGUCUGGUCGAUACACCCGCCUGCUUCAUCCGAGGACGGAAGUCGACGCAAGUCUCCCUUUUCUUUGCGUUCAGAUCCUUCUUCCAGCAGAUUCAUUUACUGGUCUUGAAUUCAUUAACUGUUCCUUUCCUCUUUUGUUGUAUUUUCAGCUGUUCGCGAGUCGCACUACAUCGUCGUGACACCAUACGCAGUGGAUACACUGCUGUCUCAAGUACAAUGCCACCCCCAAGGCAACCAAAAUCGCGCCCAAAACCGAAACCGUUGAAGCCAUACUUAGCGGACGGCGCAGACAUCUUUGAGGUAGACCCAAGCCACGGUGUUCCCCAACGUCGGGAUGCCAUUGUUAACGACGCUAAUGGUACCAGUCGUGGCUUUGGUGGAUGGCUCUCCGACCUCCUCGAGAGAACGGUCUUUUGGUGA